CGGGGGAGGGGAGAGGCCAAGCGCUCAAGAGUCAAGGGGCCGUGUCGGUUCUCCGCGCCCCGCGAUAUCCACCAGGACUGGGUCUCAAAGAAAGCUUAACGCAUGGCGUAGCGUCACGGAUGUCUCGGUUUGUUAUCAUCUUUUUUUUUUAAAUGGCUGCUGCUUGGGUUCAGUAACGUAACUUACCUUGCCUAACACCCAAGUACGGAUACUCACGAGAAACAAGUACAAAGAAGGCCCCCCCCCCGGGCGUCCACAUGUCGACAACUUUCUGAUUCUUCCCGUGGAACUCUACAUCUGCUUCAAGUCCGUCGAGGCCCUCUUUUUUCUCAUAUAUGAGCUCUUUCUAGCCUCUCUCUUCUCUUUACCUGGUGGAUCGGCUUUCAUUCAUGACGAGAAAAUCUUGACCAUGGCCAUUCUAGAGCUUCUCAUCACGCCUUGGGCACCGGCCCUGCUGGUAGUAGGCGUAGCUGUCUACUACCUCUACCCUUUCUUCGUCACAUUCGGUUCCCUUCGUGGAAUUCCAGCACCGUUUCCAGCACAAUUCACCAAUUUGUGGCUUCUCUCCGUUGUCCGGAGAGGCACGCGAUACCUCACUGUCGAUGAGAUCCACAAGAAGUUGGGGCCCGUGGUUCGCAUCCAGCCCAACCACGUGAGCAUCGCCGACGAUGAGGCCAUUCAAGCCAUCUACGGCCACGGCAACGGCUUCCUCAAGGCAGACUUCUACGACGCCUUCGUCUCCAUCCGGAGAGGACUCUUCAACACCAGAGACCGCCACGAGCACUCCCGUAAGCGCAAGAUUGUGUCGCACACCUUCUCCGUAAAGUCAAUUGGUCAAUUCGAGCCGUAUAUGCACGAGAACCUGGCCCUCUUCGUCCAGAAGUGGGAUGAACUCGCCAAGAACAACCCAGCCGGCGCCACCAUUGACUGCUUGAAAUGGUUCAACUAUCUGGCAUUUGACAUUAUUGGCGAUUUGGCGUUCGGCGCGCCAUUCGGCAUGCUUGCCUCCGGCGCUGAUAUCGCCGAGGUCCGCGAAUCCCCCAACAGCCCGCCCAUCUACGCACCCGCCAUUGAGAUUUUGAACCGCAGAGGCGAGGUUUCUGCCACUCUUGGAAUCAUGCCUGAGCUGAAGCCCUGGGCAAAGUACAUUCCGGAUCCCUUCUUCAGCCAAGGCUUGGAGGCCGUACAGAACCUCGCGGGCAUGGCUAUUGCGCGUGUCAAGGCUAGACUGGACAACCCGCCCGAUAUUGACAGACUUGAUCUUCUUGCGCGCUUGAUGGAGGGACGUGACGACAAGGGACAGCCGCUGGGCAGAGAGGAGCUCACGGCCGAGGCAUUGACGCAGCUGAUUGCGGGUAGCGACACGACAUCCAACUCUUCCUGCGCGCUCCUGUACCACGCUGCGAGAACCCCUGGUGUAUUGGAGAAGCUGCAAAAGGAACUCGACGAGGCCAUCUCCCCCACCGUUGAUGUCCCGACCUACGAGAUGAUCAAGGACCUUCCCUACCUCGCCAUGGUUAUUGACGAGACCCUUCGGUACCACUCUACCUCUGGCAUCGGUCUCCCGCGUCAGAUCCCGGAGAACUCGCCCGGCGUCACCAUUCGCGGCCACUUCUUCCCUCCCGGCACCGUUCUCAGCGUUCCCUCGUACACCAUGCACCACUCCAAGGAGAUCUGGGGACCUGACGCCGACGAUUUCCGUCCCGAGAGAUGGGAGUCGCUGACGCCGAGACAGAAGAAUGCUUUCAUCCCGUUCAGCACUGGACCCAGGGCUUGCGUUGGAAGGAACGUGGCGGAGAUUGAGAUGAAGCUCAUUGUCGCUACAUGGGCUAGGAGGUACAAGGUUGAGUUGAGACAGGAGAUCAUGGAGACGAACGAGGGAUUCUUGAGGAAGCCUUUGGCAUUGGACAUCAACAUCAAGAUGCGGUGAUUGUGCGACUGUACGGCAACAAAACGUUGCUCUGGGACUCUUUAGAUUGUCAUGGCAGGGUAUAUAGCGCCUGCACUUGCUUUCAAUUGAUUCUCGACCUUUUCGCUCUCAA